GCUGAUUGGCUGCGCGGGGCGGCUCCGAGGUCUCAGCGGCAGGAACCCCGCGCACUCCAGCCUUGCAGCCUCAGGAGUCGGUGCCGCGCGCCCGCUGCCCCGCGCCCUCCUGCCCACCGCGUAUCUCGGAGCCAGCCCACCGCGCCUCCUCCCCGCCCGCGCCGCCUCCCGCCGCGUCGCCUCCUGCCGCAGGCCGAGGGCCGCCACCGGCCGGGACCGGGAGGCAGCGCGGGGCCGCGGAGCCGGCCAGCACUGGGGACGGCGCCUUUUGUCCCCGGAGGUCCCUGGACGUUUGCGGCGGGACGCGCGCAGGGAGGCGGCGGAGGCAGCCCGACGUCGCGGGGGCCGAGGCGCAGAGCCGGCAUGGGCAGCGGGCGCAGCGCGGGGGGCAGCCGCGGGGCCGCCCUGGGCGUGCUGCUGGCGCUGGGCGCCGCACUCCUGGCUGCGGGCUCGGCCAGCGAGUACGACUACGUGAGCUUCCAAUCGGACAUCGGCCCGUACCAGAGCGGGCGCUUCUACACCAAGCCGCCGCAGUGCGUGGACAUCCCCGCGGACCUGCGGCUGUGCCACAACGUGGGCUACAAGAAGAUGGUGCUGCCCAACCUGCUGGAGCACGAGACCAUGGCGGAGGUGAAGCAACAGGCCAGCAGCUGGGUGCCCCUGCUUAACAAGAACUGCCACGCCGGCACCCAGGUCUUCCUCUGCUCUCUCUUUGCCCCUGUCUGCCUGGACCGGCCCAUCUACCCGUGCCGCUGGCUCUGCGAGGCCGUGCGUGACUCGUGCGAGCCGGUCAUGCAGUUCUUCGGCUUCCACUGGCCCGAGAUGCUUAAGUGUGACAAGUUCCCUGAGGGGGACGUCUGCAUCGCCAUGACCCCGCCCAAUGCCACCGAAGCCUCCAAGCCCCAAGGCACAACCGUGUGUCCUCCAUGUGACAACGAGUUGAAAUCCGAGGCCAUCAUCGAACAUCUCUGCGCCAGCGAGUUUGCACUGAGGAUGAAAAUAAAAGAAGUGAAAAAAGAAAACGGCGACAAAAAGAUUGUCCCCAAGAAGAAGAAGCCCCUGAAGUUGGGACCCAUCAAGAAGAAGGACCUGAAGAAGCUCGUGCUGUACCUGAAGAACGGGGCCGACUGUCCCUGCCACCAGCUGGAUAACCUCAGCCACCACUUCCUCAUCAUGGGCCGCAAGGUGAAGAGCCAGUACUUGCUGACGGCCAUCCACAAGUGGGACAAGAAAAACAAGGAGUUCAAAAACUUCAUGAAGAAAAUGAAAAACCACGAGUGCCCCACUUUUCAGUCUGUGUUUAAGUGAUUCUCACGGGGGCGGGUUGGGGAGGGAGCCUCAGGUGGGGGGGGGCAGGGGGACAGCGCCCCAGGAACCCGGUGGGUCACACACACGCACUGCGCCUGUCAGUAGUGGACAUUGUAAUCCAGUCAGCUUGUUCUUGCAGCAUCCUGCUCCCUUCCCUCCAUAGCCACGCUCCAGACCCCAGGGUAGCCACGGCCAGGUAAGGCAAGGGCCAUUUAGAUUAGGAAGGCUUUUAGGAUCCACAAGGCAGAGCAGCAGCCACUGCACAGGAGGUGGUGACAAACUAUUUUCCCCAGUGACGCAGCCACUAAAGUACAAAAAGGGGGAUUGGGCCGAAAGUGAAAGCCAGCAGAACAAACUCUGUUUUGCAACUUGCUGGUAUUGAUCUACUGGCUGAUCUAUGCCUUUCAGCUAGAACAUUCCAAUAAUUGGUAAGUCGCGUUAAUUUCAGGUCGAGUAGUUUCUUUCUGUCUGCUUUAGAUGGAAACAGACCCAUACCACACUGACAAUUAAGGUCAAGCCCAGAAAGUGAUAAGCGCAGGGAGGAAAAGUGCAAAUCCAUCGCGUAAUAAUGACAGCAAAGGGACCGGGAAGAGGAAUCGCUGGCUCUGCCCACCGUCUUUCCUUGUGAUUGUCUUUGGAUCCGAAUCAGCCAGUCUCAGAUGCUUUGAAAGUUUAGUUUCUAUGAGCGCAGGGCACAGUCUUAUUCCCCAGACAUGUGGAGGGGUAGCCUGUGCCUGCCUUUGUGUCAGAAAAAGGAAACCACAGUGAACCUGAGAGAGACAGCAAUUUUUGGGCUGAGAAGGCAAUGUCUGGUAGUUUUCAAAACACGUAGUUAAAAAAGAAACAAAUGAAAAAACUUUUUAGAACAGUCCAGCAAAUUGCUAGUCAGGGCGAAUUGUGAAAUCGGGUGAAAAGCUUAGUAUUCUAAUCUCAUGUGUGUUCCUUUUUACAUUCUUAAAAGAACAACGAAAAACACCCACUGAUUUUUCAAGGUUUUAAAAAAGUCUACAUUGAGCCUUUGAACAUUGUGCUAGAACAAGCUCUCCUGAUCCGUCCCAGGCUGCUUUCCCGAAGAGCAGCUAUCCCUAGGCAUUUGCUAAGGGAGGCGGAUUUCCCUGGUGGCGCAGCCGGAGCCAUGUGGCUCUCCUUCCUAAAGAGUCCGUGGUUGCCCUAGAACCUAACGCUCCCAGGCAAAACUCGCAGUGCUUUCCGUUCUUCCAGUAAAGAAACAAUCCUUUGAACUUGAUUGCCUAUAGAUCAAAGAAAUUUGGAAUAGCCUGCCUGUCUGUCCCCCUACACUUUUUACAUAUGUUUUUUUCACGUCUGCAGAUGGAAAGUUGACAAGGGUAGGGUGUCUCCAACUAGGGAGAGAGUUUUAGAGACAAAACAUCUCUGCAGCUUUUCCCAAGUGCCCUGAGAUAUUUCUCAAAGCCCUUAUGUUUUAUCAGCGAUGUACAUAAGCCAGUUCACUUCGACAAAUUUGCCAGUCUUGUCCAGUGUACAGGAGAUAGUUCUAAAAAAAUUCAUAUUAAUUUUUUCCCCCAAAGCCGGAUUCUUAAUUCUCUGCAACUCUUUGAGGACCUUUGUGACUGUCCGUCUGGGCCAAUGCUUAUACCCAGUAAGGAUGCUGCAGUGAGGCUGUGAAGUGGCCCCCUGUGGCCCUGGACUGACCUGGAGGAAGGGAUAGUAGAUUCUGUUAACUCUUGAAGAUUCCAGUAUGAAAUCAGCAUGCUCACCUAGUUACCUACCUGAGAGUUAUCCUGAUAUAAUUAACCUCUCACAAUUAGUGAUCCUAUCCUUUUAAUGCUUUUUUUUGUGGGGUUCUCUCUGACCUUUCAUUGUAAAGUGCUGGGGACCUUAAGUGAUUUGCCUCUACUUUUGGAUGAUUAAAAAAUGUGUAUAUAUAUUAGCUAAUUAGAAAUAUUCUACUUUUCUGUUGUCAAACAAAUUCAGAGCAAGUUCCUGAGUGCAUGGAUCUGGGUCUUAGUUCUGGUUGAUUUCACUCAAAUGUUUAGUGCUCCUAUGUAUCUGGUUGAUUUCACUCAAGUGUUUAGUGCUCAUUUUGACAAAGUGCCUCAUGCAGCCAGGCCCUCUUUCUGUGGCAGAGUUCUUAGUGGAGGGGUUUAUCUGGGACGUUAGCAAUUACCACGGAGUGUGGAAGGGCAGGUGACUGUGCUGUGUAGCUCUCUAAAUGGGAAUUCUCAGGUAGGAAGUGACAGCUUCAGAUAGAGCUCAAAAUGAAUUGGAAAUGUGAAUCACAGCUGUGGAUUUUAUCACCGCCUCAGAGACCUAGGACUUUGAGUUUCAUUAGUUCCUUUAAUGAAGAUUUUAGACCCUGAAAUUGCUGCUUUGUCUCUUAUCACAUCAGCAAUUUCAGAACCAAAAGGGAGGCUCUCUGUAGGCCCAGAGCUACACUAUCACCAACCUUUGUUUUUCUCCAUAAAGUAUCUAACAAAACCAAUGUGCAGACUCAUCAGCCUGGUCAUUGGUUUCCGAGGAGGUCUGCAUAUGAUUUGCUAAUUAUCACUAGGGCCAAGGUGGAAUUUGUAAAGCUUUACAAUAAUCAUUCUGGAUAGAGUCCUUGGCAGAACUCAGUUAAAUCUUAGAAGAGGAUUUGUAGUUAUCUUAGAAGAUAGCAUGGGAGGCGAGGAUUCCAAGAACAUUUUAUUUUUAAAGUAUCCUGUGUAACACUUGGCUCUUGGUGCCUGUGGGUUAGCAGCAAGUUCUCCCCAGGGCAGAAUUCAAUCAGAGCUCCAGUUUGCAUUUGGAUGUAUAAAUUACAGCAAUCCCAUUUCCCAAACCUAAAAUCUGUUUUUCUCAUCAGACUCAGAGUUACCAGUUGCUGUGUCGUAACUUCAUAGAUGCAGGAGGCUCAGGCAUCUGUUUCAGGAGAGCACCCUAGGCAGCCUGCAGGGAAUAACGUACUGACCAUUCUGACCUGUCACCAGCAGAUACACAGGACAUGGAUGAAAUUCCUGUUUCCUCUAGUUUCUUUCUGUAGUACUCCUCUUUUAGAGCCUAAGUCUCUUAUGAAAGCUUUGAAUACUGUGAAAAUGUUUUACAUUCCAUUUCACUUGUGUUGUUUUUUUAACUGCAUUUUAUCAGAUAUUUUGAUGUUUUCACUUAUGUUAGUAGUAAUUCCCGUAUGUGUUCAUUUUCAUGCUUUUUCAGCCAUGUAUCAAUAUUCACUUGACUAAAAUCACUCAAUUAAUCAA